GCAAGCGCCAAACGAAUUAUUUGUUGCGUAGUCGCACAGUUGUUUUUCCUUGCUGUAGAAACAUUAAACAGUUACCAUUCCGCUAAUAAUGUCAACUAAAACAUCCAACAGCUUAGACGCAAGGGCAGAACUUGCCGAAUUAGUUAAAAGAAAAGCAGAAAUAUCAGAAACGCUCGCCAACCUGGAACGACAAAUAUACGCGUUCGAAGGAUCUUACCUGGAAGACACACAACUAUACGGCAACAUCAUUCGCGGCUGGGAUCGUUACCUAACUACUAACAAGACCACGAACUCCAAAGCGGACAAACGAAAUCGGAAGUUUAAAGAAGCGGAACGUCUCUUUUCUAAAUCGUCCAUUACAUCGAUGGCAGCUGUCAGUGGAUUAGUAGAUCCCAAUGAUGCUAAGAAUGAUCGCAAUAGUGAAUCGGAUUCGAUGACAAAUGAUGAUUCUAGCGACAACCAGAUUGCAGUUUUGAACACCAAUUCAUCGCUUGGGCCGGGUCUAGAUAAUUCUCUAAAAAACUCUGUCGGUAAAGGGUUAAAUUCAUCGAAAAACAGUUUGGAAAAGUCUUCGUCAUUUCUAACCCGACCUUCAACACCAACAAAGGACGUAAGUGUACCGGUGAAGGAAUCGACAACCCCAAGCAGCACAGCCAAACACAAAACUAGCAUUGGUUCAGUGAAAAAAGCGAACCCGAACAAGAAAGUGCGACAUCGUUGAGCAUAGUACGGUAAAAUAGGAUAGUAAGAUCAUUUUAGUUUAUAUUUAGAAGCUAUAAGUUCAAGUGGUAAGUGGUAAAUUGUCAAAAAGAUGUCCAUAUUUUAUUCAGCUAGAAUACUUUAGAAAAGUUUAAGUGCAGAUCAAAGUUUGCUUAAUGCUUUAAAUUAUUACUGAUACGAUUAACGAUUAUUACUGAUUACGAUUAAUGUUAUACUUUACAUUCUACAGUGGCACGGAGUUUUAUGUUCAGAUACAAAAAUAAAACUAUUCAUACUAAAAUUUAUGAUUUAUAAAUCGAAUCAAAUAUGUAUUUAGCGGGAUUGUUAUGCACAAUUAUUACUAGAAAAGCAUGGUCGUCAGAUACUUUCCCAUAAACUAGAAUAAAAUGUGUCAUAUGAAUAAUGAUGAAAUUUAUGCUCAACGUUAAAAUAAUAUCACGAUUUUUUGGCUCUGUAGAAUCAAAAUAUAA